CAGCAACACCGCUCUCUGCAAUUGGCGAAGACGACACUGCAGUGGUGGUUUGCUGAGUAUGCAGGAGAGUGGUUGGCUUUCGUCUGCUGCUUCUUUGCGUUGUGUCAUCGGGAGGACGGCGGAACCACACCGACCACUGCCUGCCUCGUUGGUGCAUAUUUCUUAGGGGCGUUGAGAUUGAAAUCGUACAAGUUUCGAGAAUGGCCAGCCUAUUCUCCUUCGCGAGCUGCUGGGUUCGAGCCCUCCUGCCCCGGGCCGCGUGUGAGCCAAGCCCCGCGCCUGGAGAAGGGGAUGGUCGCGAAGCGUCGCAUGAGAAGAAGAUGUCUGAGCUCUUCGAAAAGCUGGACACUAACAAGGAUGGACGGGUAGAUAUUUCCGAACUUCGAGAGGGCCUCAAGACCAUGGGCUACACUGGAACGGGUGCGGCCAAGGAAAUCUUCAAGAUCUCCGACAAAGACCAGGAUGGGCAACUGGACUUCGAGGAGUUUGUGAAAUACCUGCGGGACCACGAGAAGAAGCUGAAACUUGUCUUCAAGAGCCUCGAUAAAAACAAUGAUGGACGCAUCGAUGCCGCCGAGAUCGUGCAAUCGCUCCAAAGUCUGGGAGUCGAGAUCAGCCUCUCGCAGGCUGAGAAAGUCCUCAGGAGCAUGGACAAGGAUGGCACGAUGACCAUAGACUGGAGUGAGUGGAGGGAUUACCACCUCCUGCACCCGGCAGCGAACAUCCGUGAAAUCAUCCUCUACUGGAAACACUCCACUAUCUUCGAUGUGGGGGACAGUCUGACGGUGCCCGACGAGUUCACGGAGGAGGAGCGCAAGUCGGGCAUGUGGCUACGCCAGCUGAUGGCCGGGGGGGCGGCCGGCGCCGUGUCCAGGACCGGCACCGCCCCCCUCGACCGCAUGAAAGUGUUCAUGCAGGUGCACGGGUCAAAAUCCAACAACAUCAGCAUCCUGACGGGCUUCAAGCAGAUGAUCAAGGAGGGCGGCAUCGCGUCGUUGUGGCGAGGAAACGGGGUGAACGUCAUCAAAAUCGCUCCGGAGACUGCCAUCAAGUUCAUGGCUUAUGAGCAGAUAAAGAAGUUCAUCGGAAGUAAUAAUGUGAGUCUGGGCAUCCAUGAGCGCUUCAUGGCAGGAUCUCUUGCUGGAGCCACAGCUCAGACCAUCAUCUACCCGAUGGAGGUCAUGAAGACGAGGCUGACGCUCCGCAAGACGGGGCAGUACUCGGGCAUGAUGGACUGCGCCAAGAAGAUCUUCAUGAAGGAGGGGGUGAUCGCCUUCUACAAGGGCUAUGUGCCUAACAUCAUUGGGAUCAUCCCCUAUGCAGGAAUAGACCUGGCCAUCUACGAGACGCUGAAAAACACGUGGCUGACUAAGUACGCCAAAGACACGGCGGACCCCGGCAUCCUGGUCCUGCUGGCGUGCGGCACUGUGUCCAGUUCCUGCGGGCAGGUGGCCAGCUACCCACUCGCGCUGAUCCGCACGCGCAUGCAGGCGCAAGCGUCAAUGGAGGGAGGACCGCAGCUAUCCAUGGUGGGGCUGUUCCGGAACAUCGUGAAGAACGAUGGCCCGCUAGGGCUGUACCGUGGCAUCGCGCCUAACUUCAUGAAGGUGAUCCCAGCCGUCAGCAUCAGCUACGUCGUCUACGAGAACUUAAAACGGGUGUUGGGAGUCACUUCGCGAUAAUGACAACUUCACGACUGCCAGUGAUGGAGGGGGGGGAGGCCAUGAAAUAUCGAAGGGCCCCGACUCUUCACCUCUCUGCCAAACUUGUCUUCCGUCUUUUCUGUUGUUCGUUGUGUUGGCCGUUGGCUACAAGCUACAACUUGCAGAUGAGAAGCAAUGAACGCCGUUGUGCGGCUGGAUGGAGUUUGGUCGGAUGCUUUGUUCAGGGAAAUUCGACUUGAGUCACUUGGGUGACAAUGGGAGGGCAAGUGCAGCUUGUGUGAGGUGUAAUGGCAAUUGUUUUGUUUGUUGAGGGGUGUGGUGUUUUGUGUUCCCAACAGUAGCAAUCUUUCUUCUGCUUUCCUAACAGCACUGAGAUCUGUCCCGACAAGUUGAAGAGCAAACUGUCGAUUUCGUUACAUGUCCUAUUGCUUUUGUGAGGUGAUUGAUAAAGGUUUACCAAAGCAAUUUCAGCCACUUUAAGGUUGUUGCUAAUGAGUUGCUGAUUUUGUUGUUAAGUUUUUUUUUUACAAUAUAUUCAAAGUUUUUUUAUUAUGUUGUUUUUGUUACACUAGUAACAUGCUGGUGAUGGGAAAUAUUGGUGGGAAAAAAGCAUAUAUAUAAUUCUGUCUAAAGCUCUGAAGUUAUUGGCAAAGUUUGAAAAGAUGGUUUAAUGGUCAACUGCUGUGUACAGAAACUUCUGUUAUCAGUUGUUCACAAGGCCUUUCCAAAUUCGUGCAUCACAUUAAUAACCUUUUGGAGAUUUACACAUCAAAAACUCAUGAGUUUUUUAACAUAGCUAAAUGCAAUUUAAAGGUGGUUUAUCUUUGUGCAGACAUGUGAAUUUAUUAUAAACACUUGGUCAAGACAUUGUUUUAAUGAAAAUAUGCAUACUUAAAAUGCACACUGGCCCCAAAGUAAACAUGCAUACACGUCCUAAUAAGCUCAGAAACUCGUGUAAUAUUUUGACAUCUCUUGGUGAUUUCGUUUUUUAAAUUUCUUCUGCGAAUUAAACUUUUUAAAAGUUCCUGUUUGUUCAUUGAUAAAAGUUGAUAAAACAAUGUGGAAAUAAAUGAGUUAAUGUUUUGUAUUGUA